UAAAAUAAGUAAUAAGAAUAUGUACUGCAUCGCCCAAAACAUAAAAAUAGUUUUUGCAUUAUGUUAACUAGAAGCCGCCGUAUUUUAUGUCUUUCGUAGUUAUGAAAUGGUUCCAAUAAAUUUUUUUUCUCACGAUUAUGUUUGAAAAAAGAAGUUAGAAAUUCUUUAAAAGGAAUGUGCAGUGACAUACAUAACUGCAAGUUUUUUUCAACCGUUUUAUAAAGGUAUAUGUUCGUGCGGAUUUGUCUUAUCGAUUCGCAUUAUGUGUAAAAAAUGUUUGAAGAAAUGGAAAUGAGACGUUUAAUAGCUAAUGUUUCAUAUUUCUGUAUGAUUCUGUUUCAUAAAAUAAGUACCUACUACAUGCUUAGUCACCUCCGGAUCGCAAGACAUUCGUUUGAUGCAUGAAGCAGUCAACUAUUGAUGUUAGAACAAUGCGAUCCUGAUAGACCAAUAACAAUUACAUGUGCUUUUGAACACCGCCACUUCCAAAAUUUACAUGAACAUUGAUUUCAAUAGUUAUAGGCUACUUCUGCUUAUAAUAUUAUUUGUAUAAACUAGGAUUGGAUAACAAUGGAGGAUAAUAUCAUAAGUAUGUUCAUGGACGUGAAAUUGGAUAUUAGAGAGCGAAAACUAGAAUUCUCUCACCUCAAGGCUUGGGCCCGCUAUUUCGUUCGCGUGGAAGCUGUCAAAUGUUUUCCGUGUUACAUCAAAAUUAGUUUUUUCCAAUCACAUUCUGACGAGAGCACUGAUCUGAUAGUGCGUAUCAACAUUCCAGGAUUGACUGUGCAAAUGGCUACUUCUCGUACCCGAGCGCACACAUAUGGAAUAUUUUGGAAAAAUAAUCGCAAAAGAUGCUGUGCUUACUUUGCACUUCCUUCACAGUUACUUUGUGAGCGUCAUUUACGCUGGAUGAAAAAAUCAAUUCGUAAUCUAGAACUAUACCGUCAGGAAAUUUUGCAGUUGCGAAGAGCUAGUAGAACGCCUAUGCAUGAGUUUAAGCAGGAGAUACAUCCGGCACCAUCCGACUGUGAUCUAGGCAUCUACCAGAAUCUCGAUAUAACUCAAAAUAUGGUCGAUGUUCGUGAAAUCCUCGGCCCAUUGCCAAGUGUACCCGACCAGAUAAGUAAUUCGCUGCGAGUCUCUGGUGUUUCUGAAAUUUAUGAAGAAAUAUCAGAUCUUAAAAACUCGUAUGUAAUGGAUACCUGUCCCCGUAUGUCAAUUACCUCAGGUAUCUAUGAAGAAAUGAAGCUAACGGAUUUCGGAGAGCAUACCAAAAAAAAUGUCCUAAAUGAUGGAAAUGAUGAUGUUGCACCACCUCUUCCACCACGUCCAAGAUUACUCACAAAUGAAUAUCAAUUACAAAGAUCAUUAACUACACCAGAAGCAGAUCUCUUGAAAAAGAAAAAGCAUUGGCAAAUCUUUGAUACGAUGUUUGGUCGUCGGCGAACAAACAGUGGUUCUACACAGGUUUCAAACAUGGGUGAAAUUCCAACCCAUGAACCAAAACCACCUGUUAAUACACCAUUAAGUUCACAGAAAGGUAUUCCUUGCAAGAAUGUGGCAAACCCGAAUUUAACGGAAAAUAAAAGACAUAGUUUUUCUAGUCCCGAUAUAAGCAUCCUUAAAAUAUAUGAUGCCAAAAAGACCACUUUGGCCUCUAUGGACAAUUUGUCAGACAAUGCAUCCUGCAGUUCAGAUUUUUUAAGCCAAGAUGAAAAAAAUCAAAUCGAGGAGGAUUGCUUCCAAUCAUUCGAAUCUUUAAAUAUUAAGAAUUCUUUAAUAGAACACUCAUUAAUUGAUCUAUGUGGGGAUAAUCGGUCGAAAAUAAUGAAUAUUUCUGAGAGGAUCGUUGCCAAUCUCAACGUUUCCUGUAAUUUAUCCUCAGUAAAUUUAGUAGGUUCCGAAUGUACUACACCACGAAAAGAGUUGUUGCAAACCCUGGAUAUUCCAUCUUUUUCUGCCGGAUAUUGUGAAAUGGGUGCUGCUGGAACUGGAUUCGAUCGUCAAAAACUGACAGAUGCUGCUAGUGAUAUGAAAUAUAAAGUGCCAGCAAGGAACGAUAACACAACAUCUAUUUAUGUUAACAUAAAUAAUAACACUAUUUGUAAAGAGCAUACAGAACUGUCAAGUUCAAGUAGCAGUGGAGUAAGUAGCACAUAUAGCAGCAAAAGCAGUGUUUGUAGUUCUAGAAAACUACGGGGAUGGAUCGAUGAUAAAGUUCCAUCAUACCAUCCAAAUGACGAUUAUCGGACACACAAAAAAGUAGCAACAUGUUUUGUUCGGAAUGAGAGUGUUAAAAAACGACCAGCACGUUCCAAGGCACUCAAAAGUCCACGCACCGAUAACCACUAUGUUGUCAUGUCAUCUCCGAAAACCGUCCAAAAUAAUAUAAUUCACCAGGAUAAAACACCAUUGGUAUCACAUAUUGACAAACCAGCACAAAAAUGUAUCUCUGACUGUAAAUCGAAAAACGCAACUCGGUGCAGUCAACACUCGGGAACAAUGGACCCACCAAAACAACCAGUCCUUAUUGAUAAUCAUGAAACAUCUACCAAAAACAUCGAAAACAAUCCUCCAGAAGUGACACCUAAACGUUAUUUAAAAUAUGCAACUGUUUCAUGUAGUGUAUCUCCCACGGGUAGUAAAUACCAUGAAAAGACAACUGGGCGCAAAGUAACUGACCCCAUGCUUUUCAAUGCAAACAAACGGUUUGGUUCUUUGCCGCGUUUUGGAAGGAUUGAUCUAUCUCCAUUGCGCUUGAAAAUCAAUAGUGUCCUUCAACGCCACAGUGCUGGCAAUUCAUAACACAAACAAGUUUUUAAAAUUUUAUCUUAAAAUCAUCACAUAAAAAUGCUCAAUAUAUGUACGCCGAUAUAUAAUAAUAAGUUUUAUUUUAACUUCCAAACUAAAAUUGAAUGGAAUAUAUUCAUUUAAACAUGUAUGGCGGAAUGUUUUCUGUUAAGAAUAGUAAGCUUUGUUCUGUUAAUUUAUCAAACAUGUUGCUAGCUUUUUUAAAUUGCUUUAUCCUGUAAUAUUUGACUUUAGACUAACGUUACGAAGUUGAAAGUUUAUAAUAAAAAUAAAACACAAAAUCUCGCUUCAAUGCACUACACUAUCUGUGAUUAGAAUUCGAAUGUACAAUCUCGUAGGAAACAAUCGAAAAUUGCGAGUGAUUAUUAAAAUUGAAUAUUUUGUAUCUGAAAGCCUUGAGAGUAUUGCAACUCAAGAAUAUUUCUCGGCAAGGGCAUACAUAUAACUAGAUCAUACGAUUUUGCGUUUUAAUGCUAGGGAGCUCGCACAAGGCAUAGCUAGACCCUAUUAACGUAGGUAUAAAAAUUUAUUAUCACAUGCUGCAUAUCAACUACAUAUUGCAAGUUUGAUAAUUCUACAUCUUCUAUAUUAGAGACAAAAGAAAUGCUAACGCUUUUUAUUAUCAGUAAUUUUACUGAAGCUAUUGUGAUUCUCGGUCAUUGUGAAACGUACAAAAAUGCCUGCAAUAAAACUCUUCAAAAGCAAAAUGAUUCAAAA